CUCUCCUUGAGUCAGGCACGCUGUCGGCCAAGCUUACUUUCUCACAAUACCACCUUUCAUUGAUCUCUCUUUCUCUGAUUCUGAUCCCCAUUGCUUAAAGUUCCUUUCUUUCUUUCCUCUCCCAGAACCCUUUACUGAUCCUCUAUGGAAUCAUUGUCGCCGGCGAUCACCCCCAACCUCAUUUCCCCCGCCAGAACUUCUCUUUCUUCAUCACGUCGUUUCUUGUCUCUACCCACUUUGCAGCCCAACUUACAUAAUCAAUUCGAGCCCAUAUGCGCUCAUUCCACGAAUGGAAUUCCUGCGCAGACGGCACCAAUCGACUUCACUGAUCCUAAUUGGAAGUCUAAGUACCAGAAGGACUUUGAGUCUCGAUUCAACAUUCCUCAUCUUACUGAUGUUCUUGAUGAUUUAACUCCAUACCCCUCAACCUUUUGCCUCAAAAUGAGGACUCCAACUGAAGAUUUUGCUGGUGGCUAUCCAUCUGAUGAGAAGUGGCAUGGUUAUAUAAAUAACAAUGACAGAGUGCUACUUAAGGUCAUAAACUACUCUUCUCCUACAUCUGCUGGUGCUGUGUGCAUUGAUGGUGACUGUACUUGGGUGGAACAAUGGGUUCAUCGUGCUGGUCCUCGAGAGAAUAUAUUCUUUAAACCGGAAGAAGUAAAAGCUGCAAUGGUGACCUGUGGGGGACUUUGCCCAGGUCUUAAUGAUGUCAUUAGACAGAUUGUCAUCACACUUGAGAUAUAUGGAGUAAAAAAGAUUGUGGGGAUUCCGUUUGGUUACCGUGGUUUCUCUGACAAAGACCUAAGUGAGAUACAGUUAUCUAGGAAGGUGGUUCAAAAUAUCCAUCUUUCUGGGGGUAGCUUGUUGGGAGUGUCACGUGGGGGACCCAGUGUGGAUGCUAUUGUUGAUAGUAUGGAGGAAAGAGGAAUCAACAUGCUUUUUGUUUUGGGUGGGAAUGGAACCCAUGCAGGUGCAAAUGCGAUACACAAUGAGUGCCGUAAACGAAGGCUGAAAAUUUCUGUAGUAGGUGUGCCUAAGACAAUUGAUAAUGAUAUUCUGUUGAUGGACAAAACAUUUGGUUUUGAUACUGCUGUUGAAGAAGCACAAAGAGCCAUUAAUUCAGCAUACAUUGAGGCACAUAGUGCUUACCAUGGUAUUGGAAUUGUGAAAUUGAUGGGCCGUAGCAGUGGAUAUAUAGCCAUGCAUGCAUCUCUAGCAAGUGGGCAGAUUGACAUUUGCUUAAUUCCUGAGUUAGCUUUCCAACUUCAUGGACCCCAUGGUGUCCUUCGGCAUUUAAAGUACCUAAUUGAGACGAAGGGGUCUGCAGUUGUAUGUGUAGCAGAAGGAGCUGGUCAGGAAUUCCUACCGAAAACUGACAGUAAGGAUGCGUCAGGAAAUGUUGUACUUGGAGAUAUUGGUGUAUAUUUAUCGCAAGAGACUAAGAAAUACUUCAAAGAGAUUGGUGUUCAUGCUGAUGUGAAGUAUAUAGACCCUACAUACAUGAUCCGAGCAGGCCGUGCAAAUGCAUCAGAUGGCAUCCUUUGUGCCGUACUAGGCCAAAACGCAGUUCAUGGUGCAUUCGCCGGAUAUAGUGGCAUCACAGUUGGGAUAUGUAACACACACUACGUAUACCUUCCCAUUCCGGAAGUUAUCGCUUACCCCAGGAUGGUUGACCCAAACAGCCGUAUGUGGCACCGUUGCUUAACAGCAACUGGCCAACCGGAUUUCCUUUGAUCCAAAAAGGUUGACUUUUCUAGCAUAUUCAGAAGAAGUCUGAAAUUAUUAAGAAAUCCAGCAUCCUAUUGAAUUGAUGAAAUAAUUAGAAGGGGGAUGAAAAAAUUUCCUUCUAGCAUUCAUUGUGUAAAGUUGAAAUGGCACAUUUAAUUUAUGUAAAAUAACAUUUUUUAUUGA